AUGGCUGAGAUUCAGGCUAAGCUGCAAAAGCUCUCGGAGGAGUACCAGGCUCUGCAAACAGAACUUCAGACCACCGUCCAGGCGCGGCAAAAGCUCGAGGCUCAGAAGCAGGAGAACGAGGGCGUCAAAGAGGAGUUCGACAAGCUCAAGGACGGCGAGCAGAUCUACAAGCUCGUCGGCCCCGUGCUGCUGAAGCAGGACAAGGUAGAGGCCGAGAGCACAGUGAAGGGCCGUUUGGAUUUCAUCACCAAGGAGAUUGAGAGGCACGAGGGUCAGAUUAAAGAGGCCCAGGCCAAGCUCGAGAAGAAGAAGGGCGAAAUCAUUCAGCUGCAGACCAGCGCGCAGGCCGCUGCCAAGAAGGGUUAA